CAGCAGACGCGUCACGUGAAAUACGGGAUAUUCAAACGAGUACGAGUGAGCAUGUGAAUAUUAUGCAACCCGUGAAUUAUGUGCACUAUUAUCUUAUGUUUGUGGGUUCGGGACAAGAUGUGGUGACUGGAAGCCGCGGGGAAGGUGGAGGAGCGACCCGGUGUCAAAGUGUUUCUGGUUCCGUCGAUGACAGGAGAACACCGCCCCUCCUACAGCUAGCUAGCCGACCUCGGUUUCUUUCUGCUGGGUUCCCGGAGGACGGACAGCUAGAGAAAAGGGGGGGGAUUCUUGAAGGACUCCCUCGGACAGCGAUGGCGUCAUUUGGAGCACCGCAACACAAGGCCACAGACUGCGUCACCAAGGUGGCGCUCAGCAUCGCCUGCGAUAAUCUGCUGGACAUGGACACCUUCUCCAAGUCCGACCCCAUGUGCGUGCUCCACUUGAACUCAUCGGGUCCUCACUGGUACGAGAUUGGGCGAACGGAGAAAAUCCAGAACUGCCUGAAUCCUAAGUUUUCCAAGAGCAUCGUCCUCGACUACUACUUCGAGGCGGUGCAGAAACUCAGGUUUGAAGUGUACGACAUCGACAGCGAAAACUGCACUCCAGAAGAAGCGGACUUCCUGGGACAGUUUGAGUGCACCUUGGGGCAGAUUGUGUCCUCGAAAAAACUAACAAAACCUCUUGUGAAGAGAGACAAGACACCAGCAGGGAAAGGAACGAUAACCAUUUGUGCGGAGGAGAGAAACGACAACAGGGUGGUGGCGUUGGAAGUUGCUGCCAGGUCAUUGGACAAAAAGGACUUUUUUGGCAAGUCCGACCCUUUCCUGGAGUUUUACAAGCAGACAGAAACUGGAUGGCAGCUGGCCCACAGGACCGAGGUGGUGAAAUACAACCUAAACCCCAUAUGGAAGCCAUUCAAAAUCCCGAUGCAGUCCCUCUGCGACGGUGACGUGGAAAAAUCUAUAAAGAUUGACUGCUACGACUACAACAACAGCGGCUCGCAUGAUUUCAUCGGCUCCUUCCUCACGACACUCUGUCAGAUACAGCAGGCAUGUCAGUCAUUCGCUGCUGAGUUUGAAUGCAUCAACAGCAAGAAGAAGCAGAAGAAGAAAGGAUACAAAAACUCGGGAAUUAUCAUCAUAAAACAGUGCAAGACAGUGAAGGAGUACACAUUUCUGGAUUACAUAAUGGGCGGCUGUCAGAUUAACUUCACGAUUGCUAUCGAUUUCACGGGCUCCAAUGGGAAUCCCAGUUUACCCACAUCUUUACACUACAUCAACCCUCAAGGCUACAACGAGUAUCUGGCAGCGAUCUGGGCAGUCGGUAACGUCAUCCAGGACUAUGACAGUGACAAGAUGUUCCCUGCCUUUGGUUUUGGUGCUCAGCUUCCUCCAACAUGGCAGGUCAGCCAUGAGUUCCCCAUCAACUUCAACCCCUCAAAUCCAUUCUGUGCAGGCAUAGAGGGAGUGAUCGUUGCCUAUCAGCAGUGUCUGCCUCAGGUGAAGCUCUACGGUCCAACAAACUUCUCUCCAAUCAUCAAUCACGUGGCCCAUUUUGGCAGAGAGGCCUUACAGCAGCAAACCGCCUCUCAAUACUUCGUCCUGCUGAUCAUCACCGACGGAGUCAUCACCGACAUGGAUCAGACUCGCAACGCCAUCGUCAACGCCUCGCGGCUGCCCAUGUCCAUCAUCAUCAUCGGCGUGGGAGCGGCGGACUUCAGUGCCAUGGAGUUCCUGGACGGAGACGACGGAGUCCUGCGCUCGGCCACGGGCGAGGCCGCCAUGAGGGACAUCGUGCAGUUCGUGCCGUUCAGGCAGUUCCAAAACGGUCCUCAGGAAGCUCUUGCUCAGUCCGUCCUGGCAGAAGUGCCGGGCCAGGUGGCGGGCUUCUUCAAAACCAUGAAACUGAGCCCACCUCACAGCAACGAUCCUCCCUCUGACCCCCUGGCAUCGGCGCCCCCUAGUGAUGCAUGCUGAGAACCAAACUUCCUCCUAAAAAAGACGAGUCCUGUUCAACUCUGAAGCCUCUUUAAGGCGCGUCAGUAUUUUGAACCUGACCUAACAUGGCUUAUGCCGAGGGAUGGACAUGUUACGGUAUGUUAACACUUUGCCGCAGUUUUAUAUAAUACUCACAUAUACCAGUCUUAGCCUUGUUAAACGAGACAUUUUAUGGCAUUACGCAUAUUUGCUGACACAGUCUUACAGUACUCCUGCACUGUCCUUUAACCUCAUUUACAGCCCUGUUCUGCCUGUGUCACAGUAGAGGUGCAUCACUGCAUAUCUUUCUUCCGCUGUGUCUCCUUUGCCAUGGUUAGAGUCCGUUAAAUCAAAUUAGCCCUUCAGAAACUAUUAAAGACAGUUUUGCUGUAUGAGGAAGCAAACAGUAUCUCAUCUCACCUCAGAGUAGCACACACAGUAAACCAG